AUGCUCUCCAGACUCAGAGAGAUCGUAAUCGGACAGAAUGGCUCCAGGAAUCCCACGCUGUCUACCGAUAUUGCCAUGGAGACGGGGGACAUAGAUUAUGGGAUGUCCAUGAGGGACAACAGACGACCUUCCAUCUAUAGCACCAUCGAUGCCAUGCCGCAGCUGGACUUCUACGCCAACGACACGAUAACGGGCCGACUACGACACAGCAGACCUUCGCUGGAGAUCCUCCGCAAAGCCAACAAUGAGGGGAUCGUGGUAGGAGGUCAGACAGAAGGCUCGGAGAGUUGGGGUCUUCCCCCGCCCCCUGAGCUGGAGGAUCCGGGCAAACCCAAAGAGGAGCCUGUUCGUUUCGGCUGGUUUCUGGGAGUCAUGGUUCGCUGCAUGCUCAACAUCUGGGGAGUCAUUCUGUUCCUCCGUCUUUCAUGGAUUACCUCUCAGGCAGGAAUAAUUCUGACCUGGGUAAUCAUCUUCAUGUCGGUCUUCAUUACAACAAUCACUGCCACGUCUGUGUCUGCCAUUUCCACCAAUGGAAAAGUCUACUCAGGGGGCGCCUACUUCAUGAUCUCUCGUACACUGGGCCCUGAAUUGGGAGCUCCCAUUGGAAUGUUGUUUGCCUUCGCCAAUGCUCUGGCCUGUGCCCUCAACACAGUGGGAUUUGCUGAGACUGUCAGAGAUCUGCUCAAGGAUUACGACGCUGAGAUGGUCGAUCCCAUCAAUGACGUGAGGAUCAUCGGUGUCUGUACGAUCAUUGUUCUCCUGGGUAUAUCUCUGGCUGGCAUGUCGUGGGAGGCCAAGGCCCAGAUUCUGUUUUUCAUAGUUCUUCUUAUCUCCUUUGCUAACUACUUUGUGGGGACUGUCAUUCCUGCUACAGUAGAGAAACAGUCGAUGGGAUUCUUCAGCUACCGCCGCGAGAUAUUUGUCGAGAAUCUCCUCCCAGAUUGGAGAGGACCGGAUGGCAGCUUUUUUCGGAUGUUUUCCAUCUUUUUCCCCUCGGCUACGGGGAUCUUGUCAGGUGUCAACAUCUGUGGAGACCUGGAGGAUCCUGAAGGAGCCAUUCCCAAAGGAACACUUCUGGCCAUAUUCUGGACUACUCUUAGCUAUCUGGCUAUUUCAAUCACUGCUGGAGCAACAGUUGUGCGUGAUGCCUCUGGAAAUCUGAAUGACAGUUUGCCAGCAAACGGCUCAGGACUUUGUGAGGGAGUGGGUUGCAGUUUGGGUUGGAACUUUGACGGCUGUGAGCAGAAUCAAACCUGUGCUUUCGGACUGGCAAACAACUUCCAGGUUCUCAGUAUGAUCUCUGGGUACGGACAUUUGAUUACUGCCGGAAUCUUUGCUGCCAGUUUGUCUUCAGCUUUGGGCUUCCUGGUGUCUGCCCCGAAAGUUUUUCAGUGUUUGUGUAAAGACAAUAUCUACCCGUACAUUGGCUUCUUCGGAAAAGGUUACGGAAAGAAUAACGAACCUCUACGCGCCUACUUACUCACCUUCCUCAUCGCCACCGCCUUCAUUCUGAUCGCUGAGUUGAACGUCAUCGCUCCUUUGAUCUCCAAUUUUUUCCUUUGUUCUUACGCUCUCAUCAACUUCAGUUGUUUCCACGCCACUAUCACCAAGUCCCCAGGUUGGCGUCCGUCGUACCGGUACUUCAGUCCCUGGCUGUCCUUGUUUGUGGCCGCCAUCUCUGUCAUCCUCAUGUUCCUCUUCACCUGGUGGGCGGCUCUCAUCACCCUCGGGAUCAUCCUGUUCCUCCUCGGCUACGUGUCCUAUAACAAACCCAAGGUGAACUGGGGUUCGUCUGUACAGGCCGGCACAUACAACAUGGCUCUGUCUUACUCUGUCUCUCUGACCAACGUCGAUGACCACAUCAAAAACUUCAGGCCUCAGUGUCUGGUGCUAACAGGUCCCCCGAAUCUACGCCCGGCCCUGGUGGACUUCGUGGGCUCCUUCACUAAGAACGUCAGUCUAAUGAUUUGUGGGGACGUUCUCAUGGAUGAGGACAAAUCCCUGCGCAGCAGUACAGAUACUUUGGUUAAAUGGCUAAACCAGCGGAAAGUUCGCUCCUUCUACACAACAUUUACCGCAAACACUCUGAGGGAAGGAACCAGGCAUCUGAUGCAGGCUACUGGUCUGGGCAAAAUGAAGCCAAACACUCUCGUUGUUGGAUUUAAGAGUAAUUGGCAAGAGUGCUCUUCUGGCAGUCUGGAGGACUAUGUCAACACCAUAAUCGAUUCUUUUGACUCCAACUACGGAGUGCUCAUACUCAGGAUGAUGGAUGGACUGGAUAUUACCGAGGAGAUAGAGAGUGAAGCAAACAGGUCUGCCGUCAAUCCGGGUUUUGAGUCGGACGAAGGAGUAUCGUCGGAGAACGGAAACAGCACAGACAAAGAUUCAGGUACUGACCUCCCAAACGAGCAAAUCAGAACCGUGUUUCAGACCAAACAAGGAAGGAAAACAAUUGAUGUUUACUGGAUUUCUGAUGAUGGAGGUCUUACUCUACUGGUGCCAUAUCUGUUGACCAGAAGAAAACGUUGGAGUCAUUGUAAAGUACGAGUGUUCAUAGUCGGCGAUCAUCAGACCAUGGAAGAUGAUCGCAAAGAGAUGCUGGAGCUCAUGAAGAAAUUUCGGCUUGACAUCAGUGAUGUUAUUGUGAUGACAGACAGUGAGAAACCAGCGCAGCCUAAAGCUCUGAAGCGAUUGGAAGAUAUUGUCGCCCCCUUCAGACUGAACGAUGAAGCGCAAGGAGGAGACAUACAAGAGCUGAGGAAACAGAGUCCCUGGAAAAUAAGUGACAAGGAGCUGGAGGCUCUGAGACCCAAGUCGGAGAGGAUAGUGAAGCUGAAUGAGAUUAUUAGGAGGAAUUCCAAACACGCUGCUCUCAUCUUAGUGAGCCUGCCUGUUCCUCAGAGUGACUGCCCCAGUGCUCUCUACAUGGCCUGGCUGGACACACUAUCCCGUGGUCUCCACUGUCCAGUCCUGCUUAUCCGUGGCAACCAGCAGAAUGUACUCACCUUCUACUGUCAGUGA